AUGUCGUCGUUACCUCGUUCAAUUCAAGAUCUGGAAAAUUCACAUCCAACCCCCCGAGUACCUAUGGUUAUCAGGAGGCUGUUCAAAUCACCUAGAAAUUUAGACUUUGAAUCAGCAAUGUGGGAUAUGGUGAAUCUUAUAGUCAAGCCAAGGAAAGCUUUCAGGGCCUCUUACUAUCGACGUCAAAUAAAGCAUCGUUUAUCACGUGAUGAUCCGUCUUUCUUUAUCUUACAAAUAUUCUUAUUGAGUCUAAGUUCUACAUUUUGGUCGCUCGAGUACGGCCAUUCAUUUACGGAAUUUCUUAAAAUCAUGAUUAAUAUGAUCUUCAUAGACUUCUUUUUAUUUGGUUUCGUUAUGGCGACAUUAUUUUGGAUUAUUUUAAACAGGCCCAAUCUGAAAUUCCGUUCAUCUCAAGAUUCAAAAGUUGAAUGGGCAUACUGUUUUGAUGUUCAUUGUGAUGCAUUUUUAAUUAUUUGGGUUUUACUUUAUUUCUUACAGUUUUUACUGUUGCCAUUAAUCAAUUUGCAUAGAUGGAUCAGUCUCUUCAUUGGAAAUACGCUAUAUUGCGUAGCGAUUGGCUACUACUUUGUGUUGACGUUUUAUGGCUAUAGUCAGAUGACCUUUCUGAAGAACGUCAAUUUCAUUUUGCUUCCCUCGUUACUAUCGGCGAUCGUCUAUGUCGUCAGUCUGUUCGGUAUAGAUUUGUCUAACUCUUUGAAUUUUUAUAAAUAUAUCUAA